AUGACUGAUAAAAGUGUCAUGACUAUAAAAUUUAUAACUUUGGUAGGUGGCGGUAAAGAAACAAGUGAAGAGCACGAGGAGACACACGAAGAACACGGCAAGAAGGCGUACGAGGGGGUACACAAGGACACGAAAACCAAUAAGGGACACCAUGACAAGAAAGAUGUGUUGGACAAGUACGACGACCACGGUGCCAGCGACAAGAAACACCAUAAAGAAGAUAAACACUUCGGCUCCCAUCAUCAUGAGGAACAUGGGAAGAAACAUGCUAAGUAUGAAGAAUCAGGCAAGCAUUCAAAAGGGCAUAGUACAAAAGGCAGCCAUGAUAUUCACAAAAAAGAUGAAUAUGAGAAGAAAGUAGAGUUCUUCGAGGAAGAAGGAGAUUCAGAUGAAGAAGAACAUGAUGGAGGGUAUCAUAAAGAGAAAGAACAUUCUUCGGGCGGGCACUUUAAAAAGGGUGGUUUGGAAGCGGCCCACGCGGGACACUCGAAGGGCGACACCAGACACUUUGUUAAGGGUGGACACGGCAGCCAUCAUAAGGGUCACAAAGUAUCUGAGGGUAAAGAUUCACACGGACGCCAUAGAGGAGGACACCAUAACUUUGAAGGUCAUAUCGGAGGCAAGAGAUGGGUCUACCACCAUGGGUACCCAGCGAAGAAUGCAAACCUCGUCAUCAUCGAUAGACGAGCUGAUGCUUAUCAACACGGACCCUCGUAUUAUGGA